CAGGGCUUGUUUCCGAACGCAUCGCAUCUCUGGGAAUUUGGUUAGAGAAUAAAUCUAAAUUCUUUUGCUUUUUACGCAUCGGUCAGGUUUAUUCUAAGACGCCCUUAUCGCUUAUUUCUUAAACCUGUCGUGUUUUGUUUUCAAAUCACAUUCUGUCUGGUAACAGGCCUGUAUCCAUUCAUUCGUGUUUUCAUUUGGGUUCUUAUUUAACGUAAAUACACCAAAGGAUCAGCAGGUUUUUUGUAUCGUGAAGAAAAUCGUCCGGACAUUUGCUGUCUCUGCUUCUUUUUCUGUCACUGGAAGGAUUUCGCAGGCCUCCUGCCACAUCUUUGAAAGCAUGAAAAACUCAACUGCCAGAACUGAGAUGGAUUAUCUGAACCAGUAUCAUGAGGAGGACAACAGCAGCUCCAACAGCAAUGAGUGCACUUACCAGGACUGUACCAAGAAGGUCGCACUGGGCAGCCAAUGCCCUGACAUAGACGCAGAGAGUCAAAAGUUCCUCCCUGAACACAACGUGGGGAAGAAGAAGUAUGAGACUGAAUAUCACCAGGGCAACGCCUCCUUCGGCAUGUCCGUUUUCAACCUGGGCAAUGCCAUCAUGGGCAGUGGCAUCCUGGGUCUGUCCUACGCUAUGGCCAACACUGGCAUUGCUCUAUUUGUGAUUCUCCUCGUGGCUGUUGCCAUCUUCUCCUUGUAUUCUGUCCACUUGCUGCUGAAGACGGCCAAUGAAGGAGGUGCACUUGUGUACGAGCAGCUUGGCUACAAAGCCUUCGGGUUGCCAGGGAAACUCGCCGCUUCCUUCUCAAUCACCAUGCAGAACAUCGGAGCCAUGUCAAGCUACCUCUACAUCGUCAAAUAUGAGCUGCCCAUCGUCAUUGAAACCUUACUGGGAUCAAGCAAUGAGUGA